CAACCCUAAACCAUGCAAAAUGGCAAAUAUCACAUCUUCUUUCAACAUGCAAACUUCCAUUCUUACUCUCCUUCUUCUCUUGCUCUCAACCCAAUCUUCUGCAACUUCCGCUUCCAUUACAGAUCGCUUCAUUCAAUGUUUACACAACCGGGCCGACCCUUCAUUUCCGAUAACCGGAGAGGUUUACACUCCCGGAAACUCAUCUUUUCCCACCGUAUUGCAAAACUACAUCCGAAACCUUCGGUUCAAUGAAACUACCACACCAAAACCCUUUUUAAUCAUCACAGCCGAACAUGUUUCCCACAUUCAGGCAGCUGUGGUUUGUGGCAAACAAAACCGGUUGCUACUGAAAACCAGAAGCGGUGGUCAUGAUUAUGAAGGUCUUUCCUACCUUACAAACACAAACCAACCCUUCUUCAUUGUGGACAUGUUCAAUUUAAGGUCCAUAAACGUAGAUAUCGAACAAGAAACCGCAUGGGUCCAAGCCGGUGCGACUCUUGGUGAAGUGUACUAUCGAAUAGCGGAGAAAAGUAACAAGCAUGGUUUUCCGGCAGGGGUUUGUCCAACGGUUGGCGUUGGUGGGCAUUUUAGUGGUGGUGGGUAUGGUAAUUUGAUGAGAAAAUAUGGUUUGUCGGUUGAUAAUAUUGUUGAUGCUCAAAUAAUAGAUGUGAAUGGCAAGCUUUUGGAUCGAAAGAGUAUGGGUGAGGAUUUGUUUUGGGCGAUCACCGGCGGUGGUGGUGUUAGUUUUGGUGUGGUUCUAGCCUACAAAAUCAAACUAGUUCGUGUUCCGGAGGUUGUGACCGUGUUUACCAUUGAAAGAAGAGAGGAACAAAACCUCAGCACCAUCGCGGAACGAUGGGUACAAGUUGCUGAUAAGCUAGAUAGAGAUCUUUUUCUUCGAAUGACCUUUAGUGUCAUAAACGAUACCAACGGUGGAAAGACAGUCCGUGCUAUCUUUCCAACGUUGUACCUUGGAAACUCGAGGAAUCUUGUUACACUUUUGAACAAAGAUUUCCCCGAGUUAGGGUUGCAAGAAUCGGAUUGUACUGAAAUGAGUUGGGUUGAGUCUGUGCUUUACUACACGGGCUUCCCCAGUGGUACUCCAACCACGGCGCUCUUAAGCCGUACUCCUCAAAGACUCAACCCAUUCAAGAUCAAAUCCGAUUAUGUGCAAAAUCCUAUUUCUAAACGACAGUUCGAGUUCAUCUUCGAAAGGAUGAAAGAACUUGAAAACCAAAUGUUGGCUUUCAACCCAUAUGGUGGUAGAAUGAGUGAAAUAUCCAAAUUCGCAAAGCCUUUCCCACAUAGAUCGGGUAACAUAGCGAAGAUUCAAUACGAAGUAAACUGGGAGGAUCUUAGCGAUGAAGCCGAAAAUCGUUACUUGAAUUUCACAAGGCUGAUGUAUGAUUACAUGACUCCAUUUGUGUCGAAAAACCCUAGAGAAGCAUUUUUGAACUAUAGGGAUUUGGAUAUUGGUAUCAACAGCCAUGGCAGGAAUGCUUAUACUGAAGGAAUGGUUUAUGGGCACAAAUAUUUCAAAGAGACAAAUUACAAGAGGCUAGUAAGUGUGAAGACUAAAGUUGAUCCUGACAACUUCUUUAGGAAUGAGCAAAGCAUCCCAACUUUGUCAUCUUGAAGAACGUACAUAUAUAAAUAAAUACCUUUGUGCAUGGUAUUUUCAGGGUGUCAAAGUGAUAUUCAGAUAUUUAUGAUAGAAUUUUGACUUGUAUUUUAUACAAUCAAAAUUGUAUGGUUCUCCGAAUUUCUCUUUUUAAUUCUGAAAAAUACAUAUUAGUAUUGUCGUA